UCUAACUCCUCUCCACCAAACAUUAACUGGAAUGAAAAAGAUAAGAGAAGACUAGAAUGUUUGAUGGAGCAAACUUUGACCAAGUUAUAUCAUGUCCUCCUCUACCCCUGCAGUCACUUUUCACUGUAGCUGGACUGAAAACACACCUGGCUGUAAACUGCACUGACAGGACCUCCUCUGUAUUUGGGGCUGCCUCAGGAAUGAGUUAAAAACUGAAGAUUAACCACAGAAACCACUUUGUCCACUGACAAGACGACAGUAAUCCCAGUUAAAGUAGGAGUGUGUGUUCUGAGAUGCAGCAUUCAGGUAGUUUAGAUUGUCUGAGUCCUGCUGAGUUGAGGCUGUUAAUCAGGCAGAAGGACUCCAGGAUAAGAACCACGACGGGAUUAGCUGAUGGAUACCAGCAGGCCGGUGUGGUCGUCCUGCCCAAUCAUCUAGCAGAUGACUUUGAAGCCUUCUGUCGCAGUAAUCCCGCCCCCUUGCCGCUCCUUUAUCGCAGCCAAUCAGGAGAGACUUCCUGUCCACCUCUGGCUAAACAUGCUGACAUAAGGAGGAGUCUUUCCUUUCUACUCUGGUCAAGUUUGGAAUCCGGAGUGGGAAAACUGCUCACCUGGCCAUGGAGGUGGACGGCUUGACGUUUCACCCCACACACUCUGACAUCAUCAGCAGACUGCUGGAAGUAACACAACGCUCCACCACGCUUGAUCAGCUCCUCCUGAACAUCAGUGUUUUAGAGAGUGAUGUGUGAUGGGAGUGGGUCGUGUACUUUAUGCCAUCAUUGAAAAUCAACUGUUAACUUGCUUUUUCACAUCUGAAUGAAACAGAAUUAACAUUACAAGUGCUGUUUGUAUCAACUGCCAGAAUGUUUGUGUGUACUGUACACAGUAAAUAGUUUGAAAUUAAAGCUACAUUUAAAUAAUA